AUGACAUUCGCGGGGAAGGGGGAGGGAAAGAGAGGGACAGGCUCGGCGAGGCCAUGUGAUGCUGGGCGAGAGAGCCGCCGCCGGAGCCGCCUUCUUCCUCCUCGGAUCGCGGCCGCCAUGGCGACCCCCAACAACCUGACCCCCACUAAUUGCAGCUGGUGGCCCAUCUCGGCGCUGGAGAGCGAUGCGGCCAAGCCGGCCGAGGCACCAGACGCGCCCGAGACCUCCCGCCCCGCCCAUUGGCCCAAGGAGAGCCUGGUUCUGUACCACUGGACCCAGUCCUUCAGCUCGCAGAAGGUGCGGCUGGUGAUCGCUGAGAAGGGCCUGGCGUGCGAGGAGCGGGACGUGAGUCUGCAGCAGAGCGAGCACAAGGAACCCUGGUUCAUGAGGCUCAACCUGGGCGAGGAGGUGCCGGUCAUCAUCCACCGUGACAACAUCAUCAGCGACUACGACCAGAUCAUCGACUACGUGGAACGCACCUUCACGGGAGAGCAUGUGGUGGCCCUGAUGCCCGAGGUGGGCAGCCCACAGCACGCGCGGGUGCUGCAGUACCGGGAGCUGCUGGAUGCACUGCCCAUGGACGCCUACACACACGGCUGCAUCCUGCACCCCGAGCUCACCACCGACUCCAUGAUCCCCAAGUACGCCACGGCUGAGAUCCGCAGACAUUUAGCCAAUGCCACCACAGACCUCAUGAAACUGGACCAUGAAGAGGAACCACAGCUCUCUGAGCCCUACCUUUCUAAGCAGAAGAAGCUCAUGGCCAAGAUCCUGGAGCACGAUGAUGUGAGCUACCUGAAGAAGAUCCUUGGGGAGCUGGCCAUGGUGCUGGACCAGAUCGAGGCCGAGUUGGAGAAAAGGAAGCUGGAGAAUGAGGAUGGGACCUUGUCGCUGUGUCCUCACAUGCUCUUCCUCUGUGCUGCACAUCCUGGGGGUCGCAGAGUGUCCCGUUUGUUUUUAGGAAUACAUCAGUCAGAUGUGAGUCAGGACCCACACUAACAUCUUCAUUUUGACUUAAUUACUUCGUUAAAGGCCCCAUCUCCAAAUACUGUCACCUUCUGUGAUACUGAGAGUUAGGACAUCAAUAUAUGAAUUUGGAAAGAGACAAAAUUUAGCUCUAUAUAUAACUAUAUAAACAUGUUUAGUAAUUUUAUUGGUUUAUUUGUUUUUGAGAUAGAGUUGAUAAAUUUCCCAGACUGGUCUUGAACUCACAAUCCUUUCAUCUCAUCUCAACCUCCCAAGCAGGCAGGAUUAUAGGUGUGCACCAUUGUGCCUGACACAAUUUAUAUAUUUAACAACACUGCGUCAGGUGCUAUUCUAAGCUUUAUACAUUUCAACUCCCUACUGUUCUAGGAGAUAAAUAGUAUUAGUGGUCCCAUUUAACAGAUGAGGGAACCAAGAUACAGAGAGGUCCAGUAGCUUUCCCAAGGUCACAUAGGUAGAAAUGGUGAAGCCGGGAUUCAGACUUUAGCUUAGAGUCCAAGUUCUUAGAUGGUCUCUCUGCCUCUUCUGUCCUGAAAGGGCUGAUAAAAUGAGUGUCUGCUUUCUGGGGCUGCUGUGAAGAGCAGUGAGGAAAUGCUAGGUCCUAUUGCAUUUCUUGAGGAGGUGUCACACAUUGCCUGGCACACAGGUAGGUAGUAUCUGCAAAUACUAGUUGCUGCUGUGAUCCUGGAUGACUCAGGGUCUGAGUGGAUAGGGCCACAGUUGAUGUCCUGGAGGAGAGCUUGGGACAUAACAUUCCUAAGGAGUUCCCGGACUGGGCCCUGAUGUCCCACCCUGUUUUGGUCCUGAAGUCUUCUGAGAAGAGGCAGCGUUGCAGUGCCCCAUGGUGUGAUGACUGAGGCUGUCAGGAUGGAGAGGUAUGGUUGGUCCUUGUGUCCUCGGAGACUGAGAGGGUGACAGAGCCCAGGGAAGUGGCUGUGAGCCUUAAAGUUUUGAAUGGCCCAUAUGUCCUCUGUCCCUCACUUAUCCACUGGGUACCACCAAACCUGCCUGGGAGGACACCAGGCCCUGCACUUCUCCCUUUGUGGGCUGGAAAAGCUGAGGAGGUAUUGUGAUUUCACAGUUAAGGCUCCAGGCAUGGAGCCACUGACAUUCAUGCAUAUUCCAAUCAACCUCUUCCUAGCUCUCUGACCUUGUAGAAUUCACUUCACCCCUCUGAGGUCAUCUGCAAAAUAUAAAUAAUAAUAGACUCUAACUCAUAGCAAGGUUGUGAGGACCCAUGAAGACAGUGAGCACUGGGCACUUUGCAGAAUGCCUGGAUGCUCUGAAAAUAGCAGGUUUUGGGGUGGGUUUUUUUUUACCUCUACUAUUUUUCAUUCAUUUAUUUGAAUAUUUAUUGAACACCUACUAUGUGCCAAAUCCUCCUGGGAGUAAAAUUGUGAGUGAAAACAAGAUAUUGUUCUUCCUGUGUAAUUUGUGAUCUUGGGAAAGAAAAGGACAUUAGUCAAAUAAUCGCAUUUGUAAACACAGAAUUAUAAACAAUGAUAAAUGUUAAGAUGAAGAGUAAAAUAGGCAAAGGUCAGCAGUGUAGCUUACAGGUGGAGCCCUUGCCUAGCAUGCGAAAGGUUCUGUACCCAAUCUCCAACACCACCAAAAAGAAGAAAGAAAGAAAAAAGGGUAAUAUAGGCAGGACAAAUUGCACAAAGCUUGACGAGGUCUGACAGAGUGACAUUCAAAGUGAGACUUGAAGGAUGAGAAGGAGCCUAGGGAGGGAGCUACCAGCCAGACUGAGAAGACGCACGGUGGUUGGAGAGAAUGAGGGUCUCUCGAGCUACUGGGCAGUGCGUGGUGAAGAGAGGGGCAUGAGCGAGGGUAGAGACUGCUGGGGAGGCCCAGAUGAGAUCAUGGGCUGAGACUGCAUUGCAAGGGUUGAGUUUAUACUGGGAGCUAUAAGAAAUCCUUGGAGAGUUUGGGGAAGAGGACUGUCUGUUAGCUUUGCGGCACAACAAAACAUUCCAAGUCUACGGGACUUAAGAACCAUUUUUUGGUUCAUGAUUUGUGGCUGGCAGGGUGGGCUGGGCUUGCCUCGGAGCCUUGUCUGUCCCCAUUGACGUGACUGGCUCCACUCCUACAGCUGUGAGCAGGAGCACAAAGUGGCCUUGCUGGCCUAUCUAUGGUUGGCUGGUAUAGCCUGGCCCAUGAGGUAACUGGGCCACCUAUUAUACCUCAUCCAGCAGCUAAGCCAGGCUCCUUCAGACAGUGGUGGGCCUAGGGUCUGUGCACAGUGCUGGAGCACAAAGACCAGGCAUCCAAAUGCUCUUCCAACCUCUGCUGCAGUUGCUGUUACUAAAGUCGCAUGGACUACAGCAAGUGACCUAGCAAAGGCCAGAUCGAAGGGGUCCAUCGGGUCAGCCUUCUGGGGUAGAGGGCAUGGAGAAGGGGGGAUCUAGAAAGGCACACAGAGACACAAGACUUUGAAGAGGCACAGAGGAUGGCAAAGAGAUUGGCCUUGGGGUGGGCUGGCAUCAGUGGGGUGACCAAGGCAGAGGCAUGUGCCUGGAGGUUUUCAGGUUUUGUGGUGCAGACAGGGUUUCUUGUCUAAUGGUUACUAUUUUCUUAAUGAAGCAUGAAGUGAUGUCAUCAGCUGAGAGGGAUCUGGGGUCAGGGUUUGACAGGAAUAAGGAGAACACAUGAAAAGAUAUCCUAGUAUCUCUGCAAGGAGCGAGGAAGUGGGCCUACUCAAGCAAUGUAACAGGAUCCUGCAGUGCUGAGUACCCUUGCAGGCUUUGCCAUCCUGAACUUACAUUGUAACUGGACAGCUCUGUGGUGAGAGUCUGCUGCAGACACAGCUGGCAGCCUCAGAGAAGUGCCAAGUAUGCUUCAUCCAGGCCCGGGCCUUUGCAAAAGGGGUGCCCAACUGGAGGAGAGGAGGGGUACGUCAAAGAGGUCAGUCUUCUGGAGCUACAGUAGACUGCUCCAGGCUAGCACACAUAUGGGGUCACACAGGGUAGUACCUGUCCUAUUUGCUUAGAGACAUACACACAUACAUACUCCGUGUCUGCUGGAGAACAGCCAGAUAUACACAGGCAUGUGUUGCACUUACACAGGUGGUAAGCCAUACUAGGUGGACCCCAUGCCCACGUGUGCAGACACCCAUAGGCAUAUGAAGAGUUGGUGCACCGACCUGUGCAGGACAGCCAAGAUAAACAUACGGCUGUGCAGGACAGACACCUGGACAGGUUCACACUGAGACCUGAGUAAAGCAUGCGCCCACUGAAAGGACACAAGUAUCCAUGGAGACAUGUGCUAUGUCCAUGCCCAUCCGCAUUAGAAAAAGAGCAGCAGAAGGGAUUAGUUUAGGAGCAUAGCCUCUGGAACCAGAGAGCUUGGAUCUCACUCCAGGCUCAGCUCUGCCACGUACCAUUUGCAUGGCUUUGGCCAAGUUACUUAACCUAUCUGUGCCUCAGUUUCCUCAUUUGUAGAAUGGAGCUAAUAACCACAUCUACUUGUAUCAUUGGGGAUUAAGGGAACAAUAUCAUACUCUGGGAUGUCUCCUGCUCUCUGGCUGCCCCUUCUCUCCUGCCUGUCUGGUUUUUCCUUGCUGCCCAAUCUCUAAUCUGUGGAGGCCCCCGGGCUUGCACAAUCACGACCCUUUCCUCAAGCCUGUUGAGGCUCCCUUGCUGACUCCAUGCGGUCCGCAGCUGGGGAAGUGCACGCCUCAGUCCUGCCUCUUCCCACUGUCCCCACCCCCACCAGGCUCACCUCCCCAGUACCUCGAGGAGUCCUCUGAUAUCACCAGGAGCAACUCGUGCCUGCACCAUGUCCCCUGCCCUUUUCCUGCUUCAUCACGCUUACAUUGCCAAACCUCAGACCUGGUUAAACCCAACACAACGUCCAUUUGGCACCUGUACUUCUGACCAUAAGAUGGCCCUGAGUACGGCUGGGGGACUCCUUUGGAUGCUGGCGGAACUCACUUGAACUUGUGACACUGGCCUGCGGUGACCUUACUGCUGACUCAGCCUCCCCCACUCCCUUUCCAGGCAACUCCUUUGCCCUUCACCCUCUACCACGUCCUCCAAUCCUCUCACAACUGAUCCUUUUCUUUCUAUGUCACUGAGAAAGUCAAAGCAUUAGGAAGAGGUCUUCAUAACUACCCACCAACCACAACUGCCCACCACCAGAAUUCACACACACACACACACACACACACACACACACACACACACACAGUGACUUAGAAGCUUAAAAUGCAUAUUUGUUAAAUCACAUCUUGAUAUUGCUGAAAUGGGAAUGCUUCUUACAACCAAUAGUUUAUGUCUUUUGUUUUUGGGUGGGUGUCUUACAUCUAGUGGUGACUUAAAUUGAAUGACACAUGGUAGUAUGUACUCCCUUGUUAACAAGAAUGAACUGCCCUUGAACUAGCUAAGACCAGUCCCUUUUCUAGUGCACUGGGCUCCAUCCAUGCUCAUCCACACAAGGACACAUCCGGGAUUCUUGCCACUCUUUCCUAUAGCAUUGUUUCCUCCUCUCUGAUGGAUCAUUCCCAUCAACACGCUUUUUCAUUCCACCCAACUUACAGACACGCUCUUGCCCUAGCUCAUGCUGUUGGCCUAUCCUUCCCAUCGCAGCAAAACUCCUUGAAAGUUAUUUUUGCUCACCAUUUCCAACUUUUCUCUUCCCUUUCUCUCUUGAAUUCCUUCCAAGGGGGCGUAAAUCAUCAGGAUUCUAUUCCAACUGCUCUUGUCAAGGUCACCAGUCACUAAAUGCAGCUGCCAGUGUCUCAGGCCUGCUCAUAUUUGCCUACACAUGGCAUCUGAACAUGACCAGGUUCCCUCCUCGCUGGAAUACCUUAUUAACUCAGCUCUGCAGACAUUACACUCCUUAACCCCUUUAUACUGUAUGUUAAUAUCGCUCCUUUGAUUGAAUUUUUAUCUUUUAUUAACACCUCUC